UCUCUGCAGUGUCACUGUGUCUCCUCCCUACAGAGCAGUGAAAACAAAAAGCUGACAGCCAGGGACUGAGAUUAGAUGUACAAGAGCCGAGUAUAAAACCAACAGUGGGCUCUUAUUUUCUCUCUGACUACAACAGCAUUUCACAGGUAUCAGACAUGACGGAUUUCCAGCCCCGUGAAGAUGAUUUGUCUGAAACUCCAAAUCUGGUUGAACCUUUAGAGUCCCUGAAAAUCAAAGUAGCUGUUAUUGGACCACAGAGAUCUGGAAAAAGCUCACUUACUCGAACCCUAACAGGCAUCACAGAGCAUUUCAGCCCUGGGUUCCUGGACUUGUACUUUAGUGGAGGGGAUGGAUCUUUAGAGAUCUCCUUUCACCCUUACCCCCCACUGCCCAAUGUAGUCAUACUGGAUUACCCUGGUUACAAGCCCAGUGACUCUGUAACCCCCUACCUUGAGGGUAUAAAGGUAGACACCCUUCAUUUACUGGUGAUGACUAUAGGGGAGUCUGUAUCUGACACUGACUUGCAGCUACUGGGGGCCCUGAGACAGUUGGGGAAACCUUAUUGUGUGGUGCAGACACACACUGACCUGGCACUGCACACAGAAAAGAGACAUCAAGGGAAUGGUUACUGGAGAGGGAAGACAUUGCAGGAGCUGAGGGAAAGACUGAAAGAGAAAGUUGAGAGUACCGGUAUUCAAAUAAACCAGCUGUUUCUAGUAUCCACCUUGGUACCCGAAAGCUUUGACUUUUCAAGAAUGGUGGAUUUUUUGGAAGGCGAGAUCCUUCAAUGUAAAAGAUCAGCAACUGAUUCAAUUGACAACCCAUGCCAGGAGUUGGUGGAAGUUUUCAAAACAACUUGUGACAAAAUGGGCAUGGCAGAAUUUGCUCCUCUCCUCAGCAAGCUUCUAGACAAUCCGCCUCCUAUUUCUGCUGUGGUGGGAGUAACAGGCAACGACAAAGAAGGUGUUUUGUAUGCUCUCUCUGAGACUCCAAAUUCAGGCCUUUGUUUAAAGCCCCUCCCUGGACCUGGUAAUCCACCAAUGUCGGCAGAUCAAUACCUGGAGAGCUUGCAGCUGGAAUGUUGUGAUGUCUACCUCAUUGUGGACUCCAGUUUGGAUCCCAGUGACCGCACCACAAUUAUGGAAUCCCUGGUAACAUCUGGUAAACACUGUAUGCUGAUUAGUGCUGAUGAAAACCAGUGCAGUGAAACUGAUAUUGAGGGACAGGCAGGGAAACGGAGAAGUCAGGUAGAUAGUGACUUGCCUGGUCUGAAGGUGGCAUUAGAGAAGGGAGUCCCACAACUUGUACGAGAGAGACUGCUUCAUUCCCUUUCAAGCAUUAUUAAACAUCUUGUGAGGGGAGAGCGCAGAAGACUUAUGAGUAUGGUAUAUGAUCUCUGUCUAGAUGUCUGUGCCAAGGCAUCAUGUGGACAGUUCCAGGAGGCUCUGUCCUCUCUGUCUUCUGCACUCACCUCUUUUCAUGCCCGUCUAGGCUUGGAUGAUAUUUCUUUGGCAAACAUAGCACAGGUGACUGGCUGCCCAAUUGAAAAUUUGCGAUCUGAGAUCCAUUCCCCUAUGGUACAAGACUUAAGUGCAGACCAGCUUGAGCAGAUGGUGUCCCAGCCCAUAUCUAUCACUGCAUGGGUGUGGCAAUUCAUCCCCCAUUGGGGAGAAGUUGAGCCUAGUAAGCUGUGUCCAGAGAGAACAUAUAGGCUGCUUGUGGAUAGUGUUUGGGGGAUGGCAGAUGAUGCAGAGAGGGUGAUACUUCAGGCAUGCACCAAGCAAAAGAAGGUCAAAGAGAAGUCGGUUAUCUGCCAUUGGCCGUGUGUGUGAUGUAACACUGCUAUAACAUACCUGCUUCCAGUGUCUGCAUGCCUUAUCCAUAAAGGCUGGGGGUUUGAGGAAAUUGGGGCAUGAAGUAGAUCCAGUCAGUCUUCUUUUCAGCAAAUAGUCUGAUUUUUUUUUUUACCUGCAAGUAUAUAUCCUUAUAAAAAUCUGCAGACUUCAUAUGCUCUAAUUCUUGGGGCCUCUGUGGCAAAACAUGAGGUAGGCCCAUUGUGUGUGUGUGUGUAGUUGUACACAAAUGUAACUAUACAAUAUAUAUUAUUAUUAUUUUUUUGUGCAAGACCUGGGAUUGCAGAUUUUCUUGUAUUUGGAUGUUAGCAGCCAGGCAGAUAAUGGAUUAGCAUAAUGGUGAAAGUUUUACAAUAACUUAUUUAUAUUAGUUGCAAUCCCUAGACAAAGCUCACCAAGAAUAAAUUUAGACCCAAUUGGAGGUGGACAAAAAAGUCUUCUCAGUCACCUGUAUAAAGGUGACUCCCCUUAGAAGGACCUGUAUUCCUUGUGAUUAUUGCACAUGUACAAAAUCAAAAGAACUAGGGUAGGAGCCUGCUAAAAAAUGUCAAGAGAUAUGUACAAAUCUUUCACGGCCUGUGCUUCUGGAUUGGGUCAAAGAUUUUCACAUUUAGAUGUGAUCUCAAGCGUGAGACCUAAAAUCAGUCUGCCUUCCAAUGCUUCAACCAUUUUUGCAUUCUCUAUAAUACAAGCACAUACCUCCCAGCAUUUUCUUGAGGCUUUCCUGGAUUGGUAGGAGAAAUGAGAUUUGUGGGCAGUGGCCACAGGUGUUCUGUGGGAGGAGUUAUGGUUGUAGGAUUGGAGCUGCAGGUGUGCGACAAGUAUGGUCAGAUGGGCUAUGGUUGGAGCACUACCUGGUUUCCUCUUGAAACUGUGACAUUUGAAGCUGCAGGAGGGACGGUAGGGCAGAUCCCCCCCAAUAUGCGGGAAAAUUGGGAUCUCUGUAAGCAUUUAGGUUUAUCAGAUCUGUGACUGCUUUGGUAUAGAAAGCAAGAACUUAACUGCAAAUAAGAUCAACAAGAAGUAGACAAGCAUUCUGUAGAUUUUAAUAACUGAAAGCUACAGUUAUUAAAGAGUGAAACAGGCAUCAAUGUACAACAGAAUUUUCUUUAGUUUUAAUUCCAUUUUCUUGUCCAUGGUGUCUCUAAACAUGUCAGAGUUAUCAGACAUAAGCAUAUGUGUUCAGUCUAAUAAUUGCUAUGCUCAUUUUAGGAGGUGAGCCGAAUACCUGAGCAAUCUUAGUACGUGAAUGCAGCUUAUACAUUUUAACUGGGACUUUUAUCAGUUUUGUCUAGAGAUUUCUUCCUCAUAAAACUAGAGACACAGAAAAUUCAUCAGUUAUGUGACCCUUAACUUUAAACCUAUCUCCUCUGAAAACAGAUAUUAUUCUUCUUAAGUGAAAGGCAGUCAAAUACAAAGACUAUUUGUGUGAUGCAGGAUAACUGAACUCUGAUGUAGAAAAAAAUAUUUGUAAUUUUUGUAGCAUAAUAAAAGGGUAAUAGAAAAAAUUAAAAAGAAAAUCAAUUUAUAUAAAAAAUAUGCCUAACCAUAUGUUUCUAAUUAGUUUGGCAGAAAAGACAAUCAAAUCUUAAAACAAAUCUGUCCUUAGAUGUUACUGAAUAUGUAAUAGAGUGUAAAUAAAUGUCUAGAUAUGUUAUUUAGCAAACUACAGAAGAAAGCACUGUCUUUAUACAAGUAUGAGAUGUACAGUAAUAGCCAUUAGUGAUUACGUGGCUGUUUGUAUUCAUAAUUUUUGUUGCACGUGUCUAUUUAUUAAACUACUGCAAAAACCUGUCA